AUGGCGUUCAGCGGGAAAGCCCCGUACGCCCCGGACUAUGCCUCCUACAACUGGAUCGGAGCUCCUGCCAACUACGAUCUCUCGACCAACGCAGACUUGGGCGGCGAUUCCCGCACCGAAAAUGUUAACAAAUGGUUUCAAUCUGGCGACCAGGCCUACAUCAUCGUGGCCUCGGCCAUGGUCAUGGUCAUGAUCCCCGGUCUCGGCUUUCUGUACUCGGGAUUGGCUCGCCGAAAGUCUGCCCUUAGUAUGAUCUGGGCUUGUAUGGCGUCCUUGUCCGUCGUGACCUUCCAGUGGUAUUUCUGGGGUUAUUCGCUUGCUUUCUCCCCGACUGCGACCAACGGUUAUAUCGGCAACUUGCGCAACUUUGGUUUAAUGAAAACAUUGGCUGAUCCGAGUCCCGGCUCUCCACUGGUUCCUAACUUGCUCUACGCAUUCUAUCAGAUGCAAUUCUGUGGUGUUACUGCUGCUAUCGUCAUGGGAGCUGUCGCUGAACGCGGUCGGCUUCUUCCUGCCAUGGUAUUCGUCUUCCUCUGGGCUACUAUCGUUUACUGUCCGCUAGCUUGCUGGGUCUGGAACGUCAACGGCUGGGCAUUCAAGUACGGCGUGAUGGAUUACGCCGGUGGUGGUCCCGUCGAAAUCGGUUCUGGUUUCACAGCUCUGGCCUAUUCGAUGGUCCUCGGUCGCCGACAGGAACGCAUGAUGCUCAACUUCCGCCCACACAACGUCUCUCUCAUCCUCCUCGGCACAGUCUUCCUGUGGUUCGGCUGGCUCGGUUUCAACGGUGGUUCGGCGUUUGGAGCUAACCUGCGCGCAACCAUGGCCUCCUGGAACACCAACCUGACUGCCGCCUUCGCGGCCAUCACCUGGGUUCUGCUCGAUUGGCGUCUGGCUCGCAAGUGGUCGAUGGUCGGCUGGUGUUCCGGUACAAUCUCGGGACUAGUAGCUGCGACACCCGCCUCCGGAUUUAUCUCUCCCUGGGCCAGCGUCAUCCUCGGCAUUGUGACCGGUAUUGUUUGCAAUUACUCCACCAAGAUCAAGUACUGGAUCCGGAUCGACGACUCUAUGGAUGUGUUGGCGGAGCACGGCAUCGCUGGGAUUGUUGGACUGAUUUUCAACGCCUUAUUCGGCGACGACGCCAUUGUUGGCCUGGACGGCGUCAACACCGGCACCGGUGUCGGUGGCUGGGUCAUCCACAACUAUAAGCAGCUGUACAUUCAGAUCGCCUAUAUCGUCGCUACCGCCUCCUACAGCUUCGUUAUGUCCGCCAUUAUUGCCUACGCAAUCAAUGCCAUCCCGGGCCUGAACCUGCGCGCCUCCGAGGAAGCCGAGCUGCUCGGCAUGGAUGACGACCAGCUGGGCGAGUUCGCCUACGACUACGUCGAGGUCCGUCGUGACUACCUCGCUUGGACUCCGCAGAACCAUGACCAGCUCGAAGACGGCCACCAGGUCCCUGCUGCGCAGCGCUACGGCAUCGGCGAACACAGCGAGAUGAUGCUCGGUGGUCCGCCGCGCGAGGUGAUGCUCGAGGGCCACGCGCCCAGUGGUGAGACCAGCCAGAGCAGCCGCGGCACCAGUGAAGGUGACAUCGCUAUGCACGAAGUCAAGCUCGCUCCUCGCCAGCUCGCUGAGCAGCAUCCUCCCGAUACGCAGGCUGCUGAACCAGUGGUGCUGAGACCGGUCCAAGAGAAGACGGAGAACUAA